UCGCAAGCGGUUCCGAAUGCGAAACAUCGGCACCGCUCCAUUACUAGUGCAUUGUGGAACCAAAGCCCCGUGGCAAAUCGUCGUAAACAAGCAGCGCAACGAUUGUGAAUGUGGCUGCGAACAUGAAUUGGGUGAACGGCAUGACGAGGUUGAGCUGAUGGUGGAACCCUGGAGCUCGACUUCGAUGUGCGUAGAGGUCGCGGUGGAUACCGCAGAAAUGUGGCCGAUUGUUGAAGAGGCAAAUGGCGUCGACAAAAAGUGCAUACUCUCGAGCUACCCUCCUAAACGUGAGGUCACCGGUCAAGUGGUGUUCUCCUGCGAGGAAGGGAUUUUGGAGACGUUGCCACUGAUACUAGAUGUGGACUUUCCCCGCCUGUCUCUCGAGCCGGAGGCAAUUGAUUUCGGAUUCGUCACUCACGGAGACACACGGAAGACAUACUUUUCAGUAUGGCAUUCAAGCCUAAGCGCGACCAUCACACUAGGUGUGAUGUGGCACGGUAGCGCGAAGCUGCGGCUUUAUCCUCGCCACUUGCGCGUCGCCCCGGGGAAACGCGAACAUGUCUACCUCCAGUAUACUGCUGCAUGGACAGGCGCCCCUGUACCAGUAGAAGGCUGCGUCCGCAUAGCGGCAGCCGCCGGCGCGGGUGCGUGGUGCCGCGGUGCGCUGUACGUGCGCGCUCAGCCCGCUCGCGACGCUAAGUUUAGCCAGGAGGUUCACGACCACACGGAUCAAUGGAACCUGUGGCCCCCGUCACUGCCUCGGUUGUAAGAUCGCGGUUUUUGCGAAGAUCUUGAACGAACACAGUGGAGAAUUAAAACUAAAGCUUCGUUGAAAGCAGAUUUCUAUCUUUUUAACUUUACUGUCCUAUAUUUUAUAAAAUGUUUCAAUAAACGUCGCUAUCACUA